CCAGUGAUAGCGAUGGUGCUGUGGCUCCGCAGCCACGCACCACUACCAAGACUGGGCGCAAUGUAAAGUUCAGCUAUGCUGAAAACAUGGCGUUGGUGCGGGAGCUGAUGAGGCAUCAUCGCCAAUUGUUUGGGCAGGAUGCUGCCAAGGUGUCCUCCCGCAGGAAGUCUGUCCUGUGGGGGAAAGUUAUCCAGGCAGUUAAUAGUGAGGGUGUGGUGAGGCGGACUGAGGACACGUGUCGCAAAAGGUUUUACGACAUCAAGCGCCGUGUCAAGGCCAAGAUGGCCAAGGAGGCAAAAUCAGCCCGCCAAACCGGGGGUGGCCCCCCUUUCCGGGCCACGUAUCGUGAUUGGGAGGAGCCUGUGCGGGCACUGAUUCCUGCAGAAGUGGUGUCUGCAACUCAUGUCCGGGAUUCGGACCGUCCAAGGCAGGAUGUACGCCAGACCAGCGCUCCAGACAGGCCACUGCCAACUGAUGUGGGUGCUGGGAUUGCAGGUUCUUCUUCUGCAAGCCGCCCUCUAAGGCGCCCAUCACAGGGCUCGGGUAACUUACCGAGGAGGCCAAGUAAGACGCGCCGUGUUGAUUUGGAAUCAGCGGAUCCAUCUUCCCCACCCAGGCGGCGCAUCUCUGCAGUCUUGUCCCAGCCACCACAGGCACUAUUGGCUAGUCCCCAAAGUGAUGAGCCCCGAUCACCUCAAUUAUCUGGGAAGACUUCCCGGCAAUUGAAAGAAAGAAUGGCCAUGCACAGGUCAAGCAUUGGUGCAGCCUUGGAGAGCGGAAAAGCGGAUCAACCUGUUGCUCGCCACUUUUUGCAAAACAAACAUGGUCUUGCUACUUUAAGAUACAAGGUGAUCGACUGUGUACCAGUAUGGGACGUGGUGACAGAGAACCCAAAAUUCUGCAAAAACAAGCCUUUUGGAUCCACAAGCUAA